UGGUAGUGCAGCGCACUUUUCGUCGGCUGGCGGAACCAUAUGCUGACCGAACCAACGCUCAACAAAGCGAUGGGAACUUCACCUAACGUGCUGCCAAGAGUCUAAAACACACCAGCAAGUACGCGCUAACAUAGGGAACCGCAAAAAUCAGGCAAGUUUCCUGCUGUCGAAAUCUCGCCGAGUGUGGAAAAAACGAGCGAUGGAGACGACAGACACAGCCCCAGAUUCGUGGGAGCAGGCGGAGGAUGCUGAGGCCCCGGCAGCCACGGCGGGGCUCCAGACCGCCUUCGCCGCACUCAACGUCAACGCCAAGCCGUUUGUCCCCAACGUCAAUGCCCCGGUGUUCGUGCCGAGCUUCCUCCAGUCCGGCGCCGCGGAAACGCCGGUUUCAGACGGUGAUCCGGUAGCCAGCAUGGAGGUGGCAGAAACGGUCUCUCCGAUGGAGAACGGGAGCACAGAGGCAGACAUGGCCACGGAGGAAGAGACGUGGGAGCAGAAGGAGGAGCCAGGGGGAGGCGGAGGAGGAGGCGGCAGGCAGGACGACCUGGGAGCGGGAGGAGCCUGCGACGAUGCUGCUGGAAGGAAGGAGGAUGAGGAGAUGAUGGAGGAGGAAGAGGAGGAGGUGCCCAUCCACAAAGUGGUGCCGGUGCUGCCAGACGCCCCUAAGAAAGAGCACGUGAAUGUGGUCUUUAUCGGUCACGUGGAUGCUGGUAAAUCAACGAUUGGAGGUCAGAUCAUGUAUUUAACUGGAAUGGUGGACAAACGAACCCUGGAGAAAUACGAAAGAGAAGCAAAGGAGAAGAACAGGGAGACAUGGUACCUGUCGUGGGCUCUGGAUACCAACCAGGAGGAGAGAGACAAGGGGAAGACGGUGGAGGUUGGGAGAGCGUACUUUGAGACAGAGAAAAAACACUUCACCAUUCUUGAUGCUCCUGGACACAAGAGCUUUGUUCCCAACAUGAUUGGCGGUGCAUCGCAAGCCGACCUAGCUGUCCUGGUGAUUUCAGCCAGAAAGGGCGAAUUUGAGACUGGUUUUGAGAAGGGUGGGCAGACGCGGGAACACGCCAUGCUCGCUAAAACUGCAGGAGUCAAACAUCUCAUUGUCCUGGUCAACAAGAUGGACGACCCCACCGUCAACUGGAGCCUAGACAGGUAUGAGGAGUGUAAGGAGAAGCUGGUGCCAUUUCUGAAGAAGGUGGGCUUCAACCCCAAAAAAGACAUCCACUUUAUGCCUUGUUCUGGACUCACAGGUGCCAACCUUAAGGAUCCUGUACCUGAAUGCCCCUGGUACACGGGUUUGCCAUUUAUUUCCCACCUGGAUAGUUUGCCAAAUUUUACCAGAUCCAGCGAUGGACCAGUUAGACUACCGAUCGUAGAUAAAUACAAGGACAUGGGCACAGUUGUCCUCGGGAAACUGGAGUCCGGCUCCAUCAGUAAAGCCCAGCAGCUGGUCAUGAUGCCAAACAGGCACACAGUGGAGGUUUUGAGCCUCCUGAGCGACGACGUGGAGACUGACGAUGCAGGUCCUGGUGAGAAUCUGAAGUUGAGGCUGAAAGGCAUCGAGGAGGAAGAGAUCCUGCCCGGUUUUAUCCUUUGCAGCUCGGACAACCUCUGCCACUCUGGCCGCACCUUUGAUGCACAGAUCGUCAUCAUUGAGCACAAAUCAAUUAUUUGUCCUGGUUACAAUGCAGUCCUUCACAUCCACACUUGCAUUGAAGAAGUGCAAAUCACGGCCUUAAUCUGUUUGGUGGACAAGAAAACUGGGGACAAAAGCAAAACACGGCCACGCUUUGUUAAGCAGGACCAGGUGUGCAUCGCCCGGCUGCGGGCAGCAGGAAUCAUCUGCUUAGAGACCUUCAAAGACUUCCCGCAGAUGGGACGAUUCACACUGCGGGAUGAAGGCAAAACUAUCGCCAUCGGCAAAGUGCUGAAGCUGGUGCCAGAAAAGGACUAAAUGCAGCGGUGGCGGCGUGCAUGGAGUUCUACCACCCCGUUACCAGAGGAGAAAUGCUGCUCGAGCCGACCCAAACAGCUGCUCUCUCUUUACACACAACUAUGCUGAAGAGAAGAACAACAGGAACAGAAGGCGCAUAAAUGGAGUCCAAUGAAGAAAUCACGACUGAAUCAGUUUUUAAGACGAACAAUGUGAAACGAGAGACCAAGUCCAGUGUGUCAGCUUUCUCAUAUUGAGAGCUCAGCUAUGCCACUAAUGUAGCUCCAUGCUCAUCCCCCCCCCCCCCCCCCCCCCCCCCCCCCCCACUCCUCCUAUGGCUAACCGCGCUGCCGGCUGACCACGCCGUUUGAUUUUUGACAUGGAGAUGUCCGCCCACGGGGAUGAAAAAUAAAAAGCUGCAGUAUGAUUUCGUAUCCUGAAACAGACCAGAGUUAGCUUGUAAUUAUCAUUUGCAAAAGUAUGUGACCCCUUUUCAGAGUGGGAAUAAGUAUUCAGUGGAUGUUUUAUUUGAUUUUAAAGAUUGCUGUACCAAAAUUUUUAGUUUGGUCUCUCUCCACAUGAGGUUGUUGAAUUGGAUUGAGAUGAAUUAAGGACACACACAGCUGUUACAUAAUCUAAAAUAAAAAUAAAUGAUCAAAAUGCAA